AUGGAAUUUCAAUAAUAACAAUUUGAAGUUGAAUUUGUUCAUGGCAAAAGAUGUCUUAAUAAUAUUGAGUAUUAUAUCAAAUGGGUAGGAUAUACCAAAUUAGAAUCAACUUGGGAACCAGAAACUGCAUUUGAUGGCAUUUCCAAUUAAUUAAUCACCAGAUUUGAAAGAUGUUAAAAUUAUAAAAAUUAUCAUACCAAAAUUUACAAAGCCAAUACUCACAUCAAAAUAAGAGUUCAUAUUAUGAACAAAGGAUGUCAAGUCUAUAAAAAAUUCACAUCUGAAAAUAAAUAUGCACUUUUACCUUAAACAAAUAAAACAGAAACUAAUGGUAAUAAUUAUAAAUUACAAUAAGAAACUAAUCAUUUUAAAAAUCAUGAAAGUAAAUUUUAUUUUUCUAUUUAUAUAGAUAGAACUGAUGAUAAAGAAGAUUAUGAUUUCUAUAUGAGAAGAGGUAGAGGCAGACCAAGAAAAAGUGAAACUGAUAGAGAAUUUCUAUCUUAUAAAAAUGAUUACAAAAUUGAAUCUUAAAAAUAUCAAUAAAAGUAAUAUCCUUUACCUAUUGCUGAAUGUACUUUCAAAUAUGGUCAUUAUAAAACUGAAAAAGAAUUUAUUUAGGAAAUGUUAAUGAUGAUUAAAAAGAAGGAAUAAAAGAAAAAAAGAGAUGAAGAAGUUAUCAUUUAUAAACCAUAAGCUUCUUUACCUCCUGGAUAUAAAAGUCAAUAUACUGAUUUACCUAAAUUUAACCUUCUCAAUUAAAAAUACUAUGAUAAGAAUUCUAAAUGUUAGGUAAGUGAUGGCAAAAUUCCACUUGAAUGUAUCAAUUCUCAUCAUCUUAUGUAAAAUAAACAUCUUGUUUUCAAAUGUAAAGACAAUUAUGAACAAAUAUGCUAUUUUGAUUUUGAUACUCUUAAAUCUUAUUAUCCUACCUUACUCCUUGAUUAUUUAUCCAUAUGUUCCAUUUGGAAAAAAUGA